CUCAAACGUUUGUUAUGCCCUCAAUGGGAGUUAUCAGUCAGUUCUCAGUUGAGUUCUAUUCGUGCUGAUCAAAACAUAACCUCAAUCUCCUCUGCCUGGGUGAAAACAGUUAAAAAGAGGUAAAAGUAAAUAAUGUUAACGUAGAAUAAACGCAUUAAAAAUGGAUUUUAAGAAUAUUUUCAGUGCUAUGUUAAGAAAAACUAUAACGUGUAGGAGUAUCUCACAAAUAACAAACCGAAAAAUAUCUCUUUCAUGUGCACAUCUUUGUAGUAAAGACUGUGAUAGUGAUAAAAAAGGGUCGCCCUUAAAAAAAUUAUUGGAAGAUUCAGCAUCUUUUCAAGAUGUCCCUGUCAGUAAACAACAGUGGGUCACGUUGCCUUAUCCAGAGGGUACAAAAAUACAAAGACCUGAAGAAGAUACUAGACCUAAGGUAGACCCUAGAGAUACAUCAAUUAUACUAUUCCCAGGGCAAGGCACACAGUAUGUAGGAAUGGCUAAGGGGCUCCUUAAGUUUCCAAUCGUCAAGGAUCUCUUUGAGUUAGCGAAUUAUAUAUUAAAGUAUGAUUUACUUAAGCUGUGUUUACAAGGACCUAAAGAUAAGUUGGAUGAAACAAGAUAUUGCCAACCUGCAGUACUUGUCACAUCUCUGGCUGCAAUAGAGAGGUUGAAAGAGGAGAGACCAAAUGCAAUAGAAAACUGUGUUGCAACUGCAGGGUUCAGUUUAGGAGAACUUACAGCACUUAUUUUCGCUGGGGCUAUUGAGUUUGAAAGAGGUCUGAGGCUCGUACAAAUUAGGGCAGAGGCAAUGCAGUUAGCUAGUGAGACUCACAAAGGUGGAAUGGUGACAGUAAUCUAUGGUCCUGAGAGCAAGUUAAGGUAUGCCUGUCUCAAGGCCAAAGAAUGGGCUCUGGAUAAGGGUGAUUCCUUUCCAGAAUGUAAAAUUGCCAAUUAUUUGUCACCCAAUUGUAAAGUUGUUGCUGGUAGUGAAUCAGCCUUGGACUUUUUGGAGAGGAAUUACAAAGAAUUCAACAUUAGACGAGUGAUCAGGUUGCCUGUAAGUGGAGCUUUUCAUUCCGAAAUCAUGAGACCUGCUAUGGAGACCUUUAGAAAAGCUUUGAAUAAAACUCAAAUUAAUGAUCCUGCUGUUUCUGUCUAUUCAAAUGUUGAUGGUAAAAAGUAUAGGGAUGCUGAACAUAUUAGGAAGCAGUUGCCUCAACAGGUAUGAGGUUCAGGAGACACAAAGGUGGUAAAAUCGGUGAAAUGGGAACAGUUUCUACAUUAUGUCUACUCAAGGGAUCAAGAUGAACAUUUUCCCAGGACAUUCGAAGUAGGCCCUGGUUCAAGCCUCAAAGCAAUGUUGAAACAAGUCAAUGCCAAAGCUUGGAACGAUUGUUAUAGUAUAGGAGCGUAACAAAUAUAGUUUUUUUAUUAUUCAGUUGUUUUAUUCUAUGAUGCUGAAUGUAAUUUGACUGUGCUUGAG